AUGACUUUCUUCUUCUUCUUCUUCUUCUUCUUCUUCUUCUUCUUCUUCUUUCUCUCUGAGGAUGUAUGUCUCUGUCUUUCUGUUUCACUAUCUUUCUCUCUGGCCGAAUUUCUCUAUCUUCCCUCUCUCUCUUCUCUCUCUUUCUCUCUGUCUCUCUCUCCCUUCUAUCGCUCUCUCUCUCUCGCACUUUCUCUCUUUUCUCUCUCUUUCUCUCUCUUCUCUCUCUUUCUCUCUCUCUCUCACUUUCUCUCUCCUCUCUCUCUUCUCUCUCCCUUCUAUCUCUCUUCUCUCUCUCUCUUCUCUCUCUAUUUCUCUCUCUCUUCUCUCUCUUUCACUUUCUCUCUUCUCUCUUCUCUCUCUGUCUCUCUCUUCUUUCUCUCUCUGUCUCUCUCUUCUCUCUCUUUUCUCUUUCUCUCUGUCUCUCUCUCCCUUCUAUCGCUCUUCUCUCUCUCUCGCACUUUCUCUCUCUUUUCUCUCUCUUUCUCUCUCUUCUCUCUCCCUUCUCUCUCUCACUUUCUCUCUUCUCUCUCCCUUCUCUCUCUGUCUCUCUCUCCUCUUUCUCUUCUCUCUCCCUUCUAUCUCUCUUCUCUCUCUCUCUUCUCUCUCUUUUCUCUCUCUCUCUUCUCUCUCCCUUCUAUCUCUCUUCUCUCUCCUUUCUAUCUCUCUCUUCUCUCUCUCUAUUUCUCUCUCUCUUCUCUCUCUUUCACUUUCUCUCUUCUCUCUCUCCUCUCUCUCUGUCUCUCCGGCCUACUGGUUGUUACAUCUCAACCUCGAUAUCGACAGCUGUCUCUUUCCUAUUAUCGGCGGUUGACCGUCUCUCACUGCCAGCCUCCGGCUCCCUGGCCGGCUGUCCGCUCGACCCUCUCAUUACAGAUCACCGCGUCUCUCACUCUCUCUCUCUUUCUCUGCCUCAUUCUCUCUAUGUUUUAG